UUAUUCCACCAAAAUAUUUAAGUUGCAUAAUAAAAAUUGUUAUUGUUUAUUGAUUUAAGAGAGAUCCAGUUGUUUAUACAGCACCAGUCACUAUUGUGAUUUACGACAGUAAUAGUAUAGCAUAACGACAAAUUAAGCUGUUACCAUAACUACCAAGGGCAUCCAAACACAACAAGAAUCCAGCGAAGCAGAUUAGUCAAUUAGUUGACGUCUUACAUGGAUCUAAAGUCCCAAAAUCAACGGAAAUAAUUUGCCCACAUCUGACAGAGGUUCAUUAAAAACUGUGAAAAAUGUACAAAGUGGAUUUGCCUGUUGACCAGUCCAUCGAGAAGGCUGUGGAGAGGCGAAGGACUGCAGAGACAGCACGCAAGGCUCAAAUCUUCAACACCCGGCUUCGUGUGAUGGGCCUCGACCUUGAUGCUCUCAACCAACAGGUGCAGGAGAAAAAACAUCAGCAGAACAUGGAGAGACAACGAGACAAAGCUUUCGAUAAGAUGAGAAGGAUUCAUGAUGAAGCACUGUUGCAACAAGACAUUGAUGAAAGAGAAAAGCGAGCAGCUUUGCAUGCUGACCUGACCCAGUAUUGGGCCACUUAUCAGCGUGUGGAGGACUCACGAGAUGCUGAUCUUAACUGUGGCAUGAGGGGGGCAUUCAGCAUCACCGCUCCAGAGAGUGAGCUGGGGCCUGCUAGUAUGCAAGUCUUCCAGGGAGAGGGUAUUGGAGAGGAGCAAAAGAGGAGAGAACAAAUUAAAAAGACAGAAAGAGAUCUGCGAACACAGAAGGAAGACAAUGAGAGAAAGCACAUAAGAGACAAGCAUAAAGAAAUGCUCGUGAGCAAAGAGCUGGUGCAUCAGGACCUAAGGUGGAUUCAGCAACAUGCACUAGAGGAAGAGUGCAAAAAAGCUGCCCGCAUCGCCCUCGACAACUACAACCAAGCUCUGGCUGCAGAGCGGGCAGGGAAACUGGAGGAGCAGCGCAGGAGAGAGGAAAAGGAGAGUCUCGUAGAGAUUUGGCACACACUGACGUCCGACAUGAUGACAGAGUGCGCAGAGGCAGCAGAGAGACAGGUGGAAGGAGGAAGGCCACCCCAGGUUCUGACAGACAGGUGGAAGGGGAUGAGCCCUGAGCAGCUGAGCGCCAUCCACAGGGAGAGAGAAGCACAGCGCCUUGAGAGAGAGAGACAGCGUGAGGCUGAGAAGUCUCAGGAAGCAGCGUGGGAUCUCCAGCUCCUGAAGGCGUCCAGAGAAGCAGAGGAGGAGGAGAGGAGAGCAGCAAAAUUGAGGAGAGAGAAGAGGAUUCAGAUGGACCAGGACAACAUGCAGCUGGCCAGAGAGCAGCAGGCAUAUCAGGAGUACCUGGACAAGAAGCUGUACACCAACAAACCCACUAAGGCCUACUUUUAUCAAUUCAACACCAGCUCCCGUUGAUCUCCUCAAGCAGGCCGUACUCAUGUGACAAUAAUCCAGCAAAUAAAAACUAUUAAUUGUUA